AUGGAACUACGCCUGGUCACGGCCGUCAGGACUCAGGCGCAGAAGAUCCUAGCGCGAUGGGGCUACAUCUCUCUGACUAACGUAUCCAAGGCUGGAACAGAUCACUUUAAUCAAGGUCCCACGGUUCUGAAUGUCGGUCUUCUUUCUUGCGACUCUAAACGCCCCCUAUCAGCCCUUUUGAUCGCAUGCUUCCUGGCGCUCACCACGAUGCAGCUGAUCGAGACGCAGCGGCGGGCGUUGUGGGAGAAUGUAAGCUAUCAGGGGCUUUCGAGUUCUGGAAGCCAGAUGUCGUUUCCCAGCAUUUGCGUAUGA